AUGAAUACCGCACUUGAUCGAGGAGCGCCAAGACCCGAUGAAUUGAGCGACGCAGGCUGUCUCUUAAGGCAACCCCAGACAAUAAUCUGGCUCAAAACCUCGGACCAGUCCUUUGCAAUACACAAGUCCCUCCUCGUCGAGUCCUCAAAGUACUUCCAACGCUGCCUCGACGGGCCCUUUGCCGAGUCCCACACAAACACCAUCGACCUCAACGACACCGACGCCGCAGACGACGACGACGACGCCGACACCGCCAACGUCAGCAUCAACCCGCUGACCCUCGGCACCUACGUAAAGCUAUGCUACUUCACCCGCCUCACCGCCCAGCGCGUCAAACGCUGCCGCCGCAACGCGGCAGACCACGCCGAGGACGCCUACUACGAAGUCUCCCCCUUCUCCCUCAAGCCCUGCGACAUGCACACCCCGCACGACCUGACGGAGCUCGUCGACAUGUGGUCCCUCUGCGACCGCUUCCACGACGACCUCUUACUGGGCAAGGUCUCGACCGCCAUCCGGGAGACGCUCGACGUCGGCGCCACGAAGCUCGGGGACGCGCACUGCGCCGAGUGGUGGGUGUUCAACUUUGCCAACGGCUAUGUCGCGCUGCAGAGCCUUCACCGGCAGUACGAUGACGUCGAGGGCCUUCUGGAGAGGUUAAGGGAGCUGUUUGUGCAGAAUUGCUCGCCGGCUUCGUGGGAGAGGUUGGCGGGCCAGUUGCCGAGUGCGUUUGUGGUGGCGGCGUCGAUUGCGUUCCAGGCCAAGAUGGCGACGUUGAUGCCGCAUGAGGCGGCGAUUGCGCGGGUGAAUGGGGCGAGUUUGUGUUAUGAGUGUAAGACGAGGGUUCAGAUGGCUUUGAAGAGGUGA